AUGAAGGGCGAGCGCCCGCCUGAGCUGGCGGUCGGAAAAGACAUGCCCAAGCAUACAUCAGGCGCAAACAGCAGCGCCAGCUCGCCGGUAGGCGCCCGCCUGGCCUCGCGGGCCGGCAGCGCGGCGGCUUCGCCCGCGGCCACCCCCUCGUCAGCCAGCUGCCCCCUCAGCACACCGACCCGCGCGGAACGGCGCGUGUUCGCGGCGUUUGGGCGCAGCAGCGGCCCCGCGCGCGCCUCCAGGCUGCAGGGGCCACGGGAAGACGAGGGGCCGAUGCCCAGGUGCUGGCCCAAGAGCCACAGCAGCCGCAAGCUGGACGCUCGGACGCCCGCCCCAGUAGCCGCAGCCUCCAACGCGCCAAGGUUUGCCACCCCACCGGCUGCAGAUCCGGCCAUACCUGUACACGAGCAGCCGGCCGCACAGCAGCAGCAGCAGCAGCAGCAGCAGCAGCAGCAGCAGCAGCAGCCGUUGGCUGAUGCCUUUUGCGCCGGCGAGCGCUCGAUCGCCAGCGGCGCCAGCGAGCAUCUGGCACCUCCACCGAGCUAUGAGGCCGCGCGCACGCUCCCGGCCGCCGAACCGGCCUCUGCUCUUGCGUCCGCGCCUGCGGUGGCCGAAGCUGCAGCCCCAGCACCCGCUCGCUGGCAGCCGCUGCCGGCGGCCAGGUCAAUGGUAUACGAAGUCCAACAUCCAGAUAUGGAGCCGCAUGAGCGGCGCCAGCCGCCGCAGCAGGAGUAUCAGCUGGCAGCAAUGGCGGUUGCAGCGCUAGAACUUCCAGAUCUUGGGGCCCUGAGGGAUCUGACCGCCCACCUGUCGCGGCGCUGGCAGGACGCCGCAGCACGAGCCGACACCGCAGCGGCAGCGGCGGCCGAGGGGCUGGGCGCAGCCGAGGGCGUGGCAUGCGGGGCGGAUGGCGUGCCAUGCGAGGCUGAGAGGAGCGGGGCGCGGCAGGUGCUCGAGCUGCCGAGCGAAAGCGAGGGCGGGUCAGGGUACGAGACCGACACAACAGAUGACGAUGAUGGACAGUCAGAAGCUGGGGCGUGCGGGAACAGCGACGGACGGCCGCAGCUGCAGCCAUGCACCGCAGCUGUUGGCAUCAUCGCUCCGCCGCAGCAGACGUCGCUGAGUCAUGAGGCAGAGCCGCAAGAGACAUUGUACGGCCCCGCGGCAGCUGUGCUGAGCAGGAGCGGCUCGCCCCCGCCCCCACUCUCCCCGGCCUCGCUGGCGGCGAUCGACCACUUCCAGUUUGGCUCAGCGGAGGCCAGCCACGAGGCGCCCUUCGCCGACUGUCCCACGCCGCACCUGGCCGCAGCGUCCGCCUCCUCCGCGGGCAGCAGCUGGGACGGCGGCCCCGCCACCUGCAGGCGCGCGUCCAGCGCGCGGCUGGGUGCGUCGCGCAGCGGCAGCGUGCCGGGGGGCGCGCACGGGCAGUUGUCCGAUGACUUCAUGUCGGCGCUCGCGUCGUUCUCUGGGCGUGGUGGGCGGCAGCUCCUGCCGGAGGCAGAGGCCCUUGCAGCAGUGGCAGCCCGGGCGGGCCUUGACGCGUCGGAGCGGCUUCUGUUUGCUGGCGCGUCCGGCGGCGAGCAAAUCCACACCUUUGUUGCUGCUGCAGCCACAGCCGACUGGCAGCGGCAGCAGCAGCAGCAGCAGCAGCAGCAGCAGCAGCAGCAGCAGCAGCAGCAGCAGCAGCAGCAGCAGCAGCAACCAGAUAUGCCUGUCCAACUUCCUAGGGAGCUGGAGCGCCGUCUCUCGUCGGCGUCGGGCGGCGGUGCAGCGGGGCAGCUACCUUGCAGCUGCUCGCGCUCGGAGGCGGCGACCACUCAAGUGGACGGUUCAUCAGGCGGCCAGGAGGAGCACAGGGUAGGCGACGACAGCGUUUACCACUCUUGUGCCUGCAGCCGCGGCGCCACUGCCGAGGAGGUGGUCGCGUCAGCCGCGGCUGCUGCACGUUCAGUCAGCCCCCUUGACCUACCCCCUGAAGAGGGGGCUGCGGGGGGCGCAGUCAACGCCCCAUCAAUCACCAGCAGUUGCGCCCGCGGCGACGCCGGCGACCAUGGUGGGGCAGGCGCGGACGGCGAAGCGCGGCACCAGAGGCGGGCCAGCUUCCACUCGCGGAAACCGAGCAGCAAUUUCACUCACGAUUGGCUUGUCAUGGCUCCGUCCAGCCUGGAAGCUGCCGCGGCAGGCCACACCCUUUCGUCCGCCACCACCUUGCCAGCAGACGCGGCCCACGAUGCGGUGUGCGGGCGGAGCCAGCAGCCGCAGCAGCUGGGAGGGCGAAGCAGCGGGUCACAGCCCAGCAGGCGCGCGAGCGCGCACUCGCGCCAGGUCUCCAUGGAUGGUUGGGGCGUCGAUGCGCUCUCAAGCAGCGACAUGCUGCUGCUGCUGCCCCCACUGGAGUCGCAGACGUCCUUUGCAGUGCGACAGCAGCAGCAGCUGCUGCAGCAGCAGAAGCCGGAGCAGCAGCAGCAGCAGCAGGAGCAGCAGCAGCAGCAGCAGCAGCAUGAGGUGCCUGGUUUGACGUGUGGAACUGCGGCAGACACAAACGACUCGGACGUGUCAGUUGCCGUCCACAGCAACAGCAACAGCAACAACGACAGCGCGAGCGCGUGCAGCGCCGCGAGCCCGCGCUCCCCUGCGUCGACCAGCUCCCCAACCAGCGGCAUUCUGCGCAUUGCCAGCAGCGCCACCGCCGUCGCGGCACCGCCGGGUCGCGAUGUCGUGGAGUGGCGGGAUUCAGCCCUCUGGGAGGAGGCGCCGGCGGCGGCGCAGGCCGGGCCGGGUCACGGCAGGCAUGCACGCACGGCGUCAGACCUGCUCUCCGCCCUCGCCGCCACCAGGGGGGGCGCGACGCGGCAGCGCCCGGCCCGCCGCCGCAGCCACGGCAGCCGCGCGUCUCCCAGCGCCCCGGCCGGCCCGCGCGGCCGCCGGCGAGCCACGGUGUCUGACGGCUGCCCGUUCGCCCAACGCAGCACCAGGGACGGCGGCUGUGCGGAUGGGUUCGUCGUCCCUGCAGCUGAGGGAGAUCUGGUAGAGCUACCGCCGGAGCUGCGCACGUCGUUGUCGCGCCUGGCGGGCUCUGGCGCGCUGGGCCAUGCCGACCGCCGCCAGUCGAUGGAGCUGACCAUCUCGCUGGCAUCAAUCGACACGGCGGCUGUCCAGCAGCAGCGCCAGCCGCGGCAAACGCGGGAGGACCCGGGGCUGAGGCCGGCGGGGGUGGCCGCGGAAGUGGGACAGGCGUCCUGCAGCGACGGCGCUGGUGGUGCGGCUGCGGCGGGGGCGGACAGCCUCGAAGGUGCCCCGAGCGCUGUGGUCGAGCAAGCACCAGAAGAACUGGCGGCUGAGACCCUGUCGCUACGGCUCCACGCUAACCAGACUGGCGGUUGGCGUGACCUGUGGACGCGCCGCCGCAGCUCAGGCGGUGUGGCGGGGCCGUCCAGGUGGGAGGGGCCCGCACACCGGCCCAGCGACAGCAGCAGCAGCUACGGCGAGGACUCCAGCAGAAGCACCAGCGGGGACAGCAGCUGUGAUGAAGAUGGUGGAAUCAGUGACGGCAUCCAGCUGCCGGAAGGUGAUAUCAGGUUGGCGUCUGGGCCCUCGACGGCAAUGCAGGAGCCCUGCAGCUUCUCAAGCCCUCAGCCACACCCUCAGCAGCAGCAGCAGCAGCAGCUGCAGCAGCAGCAGCCAUACGGGACACUCCACAUCAUCCAGCUGACGGAUGCCAGUGUUGAGGGUCUGCUCCAGCUGGCGCUACACAAGCGGCGGCAGCUUGAAGGGCAGGCGCCCCCUGGCUGUGAAAGCGCCGUGUCAUCGCUGCUGCAGGCGCCACAGGACCGACUUGAAGGCAGCUUUGCCAGGCUCUCUGCCCCAGAUGCAGCACUGGCUGUGGCCACCCCUGGGGAUGUUGGCGCAAAUGACGGCAAGAGCAGCAGCAACAGCAGCAGCAGCCGCAGCCGCUGCAGCAGCCGCAGCCGCAGCAGCAGGAGCAGCAGCAGGAGGAGCGGCGGUGGCGGUGGCCGUCUGGAAAGCUCAAUGGCCGCUUGCGCAGAGGCUCCAGCUGCAGCCCAGCUGCCACCACCCCAUGCGGCGCUCGCUGCGGCGCUCGCACGCCGCAGGCAGCAGCAGCUUGCGGCAUCUCAUUGUGCGCUGCCGCAUCUGCUGCAGCGAUCGGUGGGUGUGCAGAGGCAGGAGGAUGUUCCCUGGGAAGCGCGGGAUUUUGGAGGCCAACCACUUGAGUCUCAGAGGCAGGACAAGUUGCAGCCGGGGGUGGUGGUAGUCACAGAGCAGCGUCAGGAGCAAAUGGAGGAGGAGGAGGCGGAGGAGGACGAGGAGCGGCAGGAGCAGCACGGUCAGCAGCAGCAGGGUCAGCAGCAGGAGGGGCACCAGCAGCAGGGGCAGCAGUAUGUGCAGCAGGAACAGGAGCAGCAGCGGCAAGAAUGCGACCUGGGGGAGCAGCAAGAGCAAGAGCAGCAAGAGCAAGAGCAGCAAGUGCAGCACUGCAAGAUGGCCGAGCGGCCCACAGCCUCCAUCCGCGACCUCGUCUCACAGUUUGAGCGCCACGCGGCCGCGGCCGCUUCCUUUGCCAGCGGGGCAGGGGCGGGUGAGGUCGUUUCCGUGGGCGGGGCCGCCGUAAUCGCCGCCCUCAUCUCCGCAAAGGUCCGCGCCGCGGCCGCCGCCGCGGACACAGGCGGCAGGCGCGAGCUGUCGACGCUAGAGACGCCUGGCGCCUCGGCCCCUUGCCAAGGGGUGGGUCUGCCGGCGACGCCGCCGCCUGCAGCACUGUCGGGGGCAGGUUGCCAGUGCAGCGGUGGCGGCUUCGCAGGCAGCGACCGCCGCGUCUCGUGGGCUGUUGAUGAGGAGCAGAGCGCAGCCUCUGAUGGUGGGGUCGAGGCCGCAGGGCCGGGGCCUGCGCUGCCGCUGCUGCGCCACAAGACGGGUCAAGGCUUCAGUGGCGGCGGGGGCAGCAGCGGCGGUGCAGCGGUCGAGGGCGGGCAAAUUGCGGCUCACUGGCCACAUGGGCGUGGCAGCGCAUUAAGCAGGGAGUGCUGA